AUGAAACAAACAUUUUUAGUCACCAUCUUCCUUCUCUUAUCUAUGCUCUUCUACCCAUCCUCUUCGACGUUUGUCGUCUCCGACUCACCAAUUUUUCCUCCCACCAUUCAUCCAUCUACAAAUCUGUUUGCCACCUACUCCCAACUUUCCACUUCUGACGAACAUGGCUACCACAUUUUCAAUCUCCAAUUUAACACUACCAUUCCUUCCAUAAACCUCGAUCAAACCAAUGGUAGUGUUUCAUCAAUCGAAUGUGAUCCGUCUACCAAUUCUAUCACGUUAAUAUUAUCCAAAGGGUCAUCCAAAAGUUUUAUUGAUGCUGUUGUAAACUGGCCCGAUAAAGUUAUGCUUCUAAUAAGUCACAAAUGGUCUUGCUUUGGGAGGUCGACAACUCAAUUUUACCUGGUCGGCGAUAAAACUGUGGAUUCGGUAAACAGAAAAGUAAAGUUCAAUUCGGAGCCUUGCGAAGUUCUGAAAUGGACAAAUGAGUUUUCGUUGAACCUCUCCUGGGUAAAUAAAUCUAAGCACCGUCAACACAAACAUCGUCAGCACAAACAUUCUCAUCCAUCUCAUCAACAAAAGCGUGCAACACUAAUAGACAAAUCAGGUACCAUUACUCUUGACGGACUAUUUGACCCCCGAACAGGGAAAACCUCUCGUCCUAAUAUUACCCUGAAUUCAGAUUUGGUUUGUGCAAAUUGCUUCACCCACGGCAGUGCCAAAAUUUCACUGAAAAUUACUGGGUUUGGACCCAUCGUUAAUUCCGUUAGUUUAGAGAUCAACGGUGAUCUCCUUGUAAACAUUGAUAUAACUACCAAGGGAAUCACACUUAAAUCUCCUGAUGUGAACUUACUAGAUAUCCCAAUAACGUUCAUUGAUAUACCAGGUAUAUUGAAUAUCGGACCAAGUUUGAUAUUGGAGGCCGAUGCUCAAAUCAGUUUACAGUUUAAUCGUACGGUUUCCGUGGGGGGUAAUUUAUCGAUACCGGAUUUUGACUUGAAGGCCCAAUUGAGCGGUCAACCUGAAUUUGAUGCAAAUUUUAAGCCGAAAUUUUCUUUUCACAAGCCGGAUCUCUCCAUCAAUAAGACGGUAAGUUUAAUCGGAUCGUUAAAACUUCAGUUGGCAUUAGAAGUAAAUGCAUUAGGCGGAUUGUUUUCAAGGAAAGCGGGAGUGGAGGUAGUUUCGACGCUAGGGGUACAGGUUGACUCGAAAAAAGUUGUGGGUACAUUAGGAGGAGAUGUUGAUUUUUUCUUGGGUAGCGAGAGUUUUCCGAUAGUAAAAUUUCCAAAUUCAACAUUUACAAAAAAUGUAAAAAGAACGAAGCGUUUUCUAGGGAAGAACGGAAGUUUUGCUUCUCAGAAAAUCAGUUACUAA